AUGGCGAGGCAAGCUGGGAAGCAGAAUUGUGGGAGGGUUGUGUUAGUUUCAUUCCUCGCUCUUUUAGCUGCCGGACUUGUUGGAGAUUUCCUUUGGGCUUCUUCUCAUCCUUUCUCCUCCGUUGGGAUGUCUCUUCCCUCCUCUGUUACCACCGUGAUCGGACAACUUCCUCCUAAUACCAAUGUAACUGGUAUGGUAACGGAUGGGAGAUACAUCUACAUUGUCACUGGUCAAUAUGGUCCUCAAUGUAGAGGGCCUACAGCUAAAACAUUUGUGCUCGACACUGAUACAAAUUCCUGGAGUGACUUUGUUCCUUUACCAGUUCCUAGGUAUGCUCCAGCUACUCAGCUUUGGCGAGGUAGACUCCACGUAAUGGGUGGAAGCAAGGAGAAUAUGCAUACAGCAGGGCUUGAACACUGGAGUAUUGCAGUAAAAGAUGGGAAAGCAUUGGAAAAAGAGUGGAGAAGUGAAAUUCCAAUCCCUCGUGGAGGACCUCACAGAGCAUGCGUAGUAGUGGAUGACCGGCUUUUUGUCAUUGGAGGUAAGGAAGGUGAUUUCAUGGCUAAACCAGGAUCUCCCAUCUUCAAAUGCUCACGUCGUAUGGAG